CGGCAAGGGUGAAAGUGUAAUAAAUAAAUCUAAUUACUCGCCAAAUCUAAGACUAACCCUAGGUAACUCCAGUGCCCAUUUUCCCCUACUUUUCGGUCUUCGUACUCGCCCCCGCCGCUGCUGCCCCCUAAGUCUUUGCCCCUGGCCGUACCGAGCCGACUGAAGAGCGCCUGAAGCUUCUUUUACCGUGCCGACUGCAUCUUCCUCCAACAGCUCCUCGCCUCCUCCCUACGUGGGUGGAUCUUCUUUAUUUAAGCUGAGAUUUCCAUCUUCCUCAGGUGCUAUCUUCACCAUUCUCUCUACUUUUCCCUAAACGCAAAGGUUGUUCAUCAGGUUAACUCUAUGACAGAUCAAGCAGAAUGAAAGGGGCAGUUCAAGCUUUUUUGUUGCAUGGGAAUACUGUAAAAAAUGCUGUGAUGCAACGCAUUCGGGUGGUCAAUCCAGUUAAGCGACCCAUUAUAUUUUCCCGCUUUGAAUCGGUUUCAUCUGCUCGCAUGGAAGAGCACGGCUUUGAGAGCACCACUAUUGCAGACAUCUUGAAAGCAAAAGGUAAAGGUGCAGAUGGCUCCUGGCUUUGGUGCACUACAGAUGACACUGUGUACAAUGCUGUGAAGUCGAUGACUCAACACAAUGUUGGUGCCCUGGUGGUUGUAAAACCUGGAGAGCAGGAAUCAAUUGCGGGUAUUAUCACUGAGAGAGAUUAUCUUAGGAAAAUAAUAGUACAGGGAAGAUCAUCCAAGUCAACCAAGGUUGGGGACAUCAUGACUGAAGAGAACAAGCUCAUUACUGUCACAUCUGAGACCAAAGUUCUGCGAGCAAUGCAAUUGAUGACAGAUAACCGAAUCAGACACAUUCCAGUGAUUGAUGAGAAGGGAAUGGUCGGCAUGGUUUCCAUUGGAGAUGUUGUUCGUGCUGUGGUGAUUGAGCACCGUGAGGAGUUGGACCGUCUGAAUGCUUACAUUCAGGGAGGUUACUAGACGAUGAUGAAAUCUUGUGUGUUUCACCUGUUAUCUUGCAUACUUGUUGGACAUAAGUCAGCGGAGAGCUUGUAAAUACUGUGUGUUUUCUGCAUCUUCUGUCGCGUGGCUUUAUCUUUCCCACAUGUCAAUGUGCGACGAUAUGAAAUAAUAUCAUGUGGACUAACAGUUUACCAAUAAACAUUAUCGUCUUGCUUGGUAUUUUUUAUUUAUAAAUAAUUUAAAUUGUUGAAAAAAUUUGGUUUUUUUA